GGCGUUUCCUGCGACGAAGCUUACGCCAUAUUAUUGAGGAGGACUCUCGAAGAUACGGACCUCGCGACGAUACGUCUCGUUUUGUUUUUUACGAAUUCACGUUUGAAAUCGUAUAUUAACGAUGAGCGACAUCGAGAGGAGUGGCAGUCGCAGUGCAAGCCCUCGACGACCACGAACUGCAGAUGGUGGACUAAGAGACUCGCGAUCGCACUCAAGAUCACGCAAGUCGCGUGAGCGGAAGGAUUCGCAUAGAGAAGUCAAAUACUCGAGAUCAAGAAGUCGUUCCGUGUCACGUGGUCGAAAGUCAUAUCGCAGCAGCAAGUACGCCAGUGUUGGCCAUCGUGGCAGUCGCAGCCGGAGUCGCUCGCCAUAUCGCGGUGGCCGUUACUCCCGUAGUAGAUCACGCUCGUAUUCGCGAUCACGAUACUCUCGUGAUCGACACGUAUACCGGUCACACUCGCGCAGUCCAAUGUCAUCAAGGCGACGGCACAUCGGUAAUCGCGACAAUCCCUGUCCUUCCCGUUGUCUGGGCGUUUUUGGAUUAUCAAUUUUUACAACUGAACAACAAAUUCAACACAUAUUCUCAAAAUAUGGUCCUGUGGAACGAGUACAAGUUGUUAUUGAUGCAAAGGUGUGUUGA